AGUUCAAAAAGAGGAGGGACCCUGUGAAGGCUGUUGGAGCUCAUCUCUCCCGGAUUGAACGAGUCUUCGCCCUCGUUAUUUGACUUUAGAGUUCGCAGUUUCACAUCUCUCACCCUCUGCUUUUGGCCGUUUCCCUCUGUUGAAUUCUCCAAGGGAGGCCCCCGCUUACGCCCCCUUCCCUUCCCCUUUUGACCCUCGCCCCGCUCGAAGUUCCUUCCUCGCAAUCAUUCCACCCGGGGGUGGCGGUCUCCAAAACAACUUUCCCCCAGAUCUCCGAAAGUCCACAAAGAACGCGAGUUCCUCUGUUCCCGUGGCCUGCCAGAGGACCGACGAUCCAUCCGAGUUCUUUGUUUUCUCUCGCGAGCAUUGCCCUUCUGAUGGUUAAUUCAGUGCGGGGGAACAGAGUGUUCAAUUGGGUAGGAUCGUAUCGGUUCUGAUCGGCUGCGGGCUUGUCGGAAUCGCAGGGAUCAUUCGACGGGACCAGGCUUUGAAGUUCGACUUUUUUCCCCUGUUUUCUGGGCGUGCACAAUGGGUUGCGCGAGCUCGAAGCAGAAGCGAUGUCGGCACUGCAACGCGCUCUCCUCGCCCGUGCGCCGGAGCUAUUCGAUCCACGGCGAUCAUCUGCCUCAGAGCAGAGAUGAUAGCUACCAUCUUGUUGCUCUUAAAUCCAGCACGCUCGGUUCUCUCAAGAUUGACCCUUCUUAUCAAAUCACCAACCACGUGGAGAAGGUGAUGGUGGCCGAUGUUGGUGAUCACAAGAUGUGCAACGGGAGCAAUGGUGUCAUUGAAAACGGUGUAAAGGAGUUCGCUAUGGGACUGAUCGAGGCCAAGACUUGGUCGAACAUGAUCGAGGAGAAAAUCCCGAAAGUUGUUCCGAAAACACCAAUCAGGACUCCGCCCGGCGAGCCGGAGACGAUCAAUGCGUGGGAGCUGAUGGAAGGCCUGGAGGACAUAAGCCCUUUCCGGUCGCCGAUUCACAUGAGGAGCUUUUCUUUUGAUGCGGUCAGGACUCCAGUUCAUGCCCCGGCUGAUCGUCUUAAAUCAAGGUUCCUAGAGAAUGGCGUGGUUUCCCCCAAGCCCAUGUGGCUGCAAAUGGCUGAUGGCGACGGAUUGGACUCCGAAGCUGUUGUGGGUUUCGAUCCUGAAGUCAUUUCCACUUUCAGGAAGUCACUUGAAGAGCUUUCACCUGAUCAUCCGUUUCAUUUGCAGUCAUUGGAUAAUCAGGAACGACUGUCCAUGGCCGGCCAAGAUUCAUUGCCUAUGGAAGCAUCUGAAAAUAAAAUAGCCAAUGGUACUGACCACGAGUAUUGGCCGCGUGGAAAGGAGAAGGUGAUCAUCUACUUUACGAGCCUUAGAGGGGUUAGGAAGACAUACGAGGAUUGCUGUCAUGUUAGAGUCAUCUUGAAAAGCAUCGGUGUACGUAUCGACGAGCGAGACGUGUCGAUGCAUUCGGGGUUCAAGGAAGAGUUGAGAGAGCUGUUGGGUGAUGGGGCUUGUGGGGGUGGAUUGCCAAGGGUGUUUGUGGGAAGCAAGUACAUUGGCGGAACCGAGGAAAUCAGGUGUAUGCACGAAGAAGGACAGCUCGAGAAAUUUCUCGAGAACUGCAAAAUGGUGGAUGAUGGCAGCUGUGGCAAAGGAAACAGCGGUGCAUGUGAGGCAUGCGGUGAUAUUAGGUUCGUGCCUUGUGAGAGGUGUUCCGGCAGUUGCAAGAUAUAUUGCGACGGCACUAGUGAAGAAGAUGCGGAAGAAGAGGGAGAUGAGUACGGGUUCCAGCGUUGCCCAGAUUGUAAUGAGAACGGUCUCAUACGCUGUCCGAUAUGUUGUUAUUAGCUUCAGGUGGCGAUGAGUCAAUGACAAUGUAUUGCCCCACACGUAUUUGCAAAUUUUGGGUGUUCCUUGUUUGAGUGAAUUUUUGUACAGAGAGAAGAUGAUGGAUUUUUGGAAGGUAGAUUACAUAAGAAAGAAAUUGUUAUAGUAAGUUGAUCUUCUAAUCACAUGAUCUGUUAAAUUUUGCUUUUCUAUUUUGUUUGGCAGAGACUGUACACUUGCUUUUUGUUUUUACCAAAACGAGGUUUGUACA